UCCUGCGGGAAACAGAUGGCGCUGCAAAAUGCCGAGUGUCACGAAUAACUCGGAAAUCUCACGGCGGAUAGGUGCACCGUGCACUGUCGCGUUAUCCGACAAAUGAUGUGAACUGAAUCCGAUGUACAACCGGACCGCGCUGCUCACGUCAAUCAUGAUUUUCGCCUUUUUCGCUUUGUGUAUGCUCGGACUUUUAAUUGUCAAUCAAUCAACGCCCUGUGUGAGCGAGCCGAUUUGUCCUGAAGGAUCAGGCUGCUUGCCUGGAUGCUGCACGACAGCUAACGUACCGCCCGCUCGCCGAGAUGACGAACAGAUCAAAGACUAUGUGUAUCCCUGGUAUGCUCAAUGGCCGGUGCUAUUCGUUCUUGGCACACUCGGGAGCAUCUUAGUGUGCUGUGUCUGGUGUUUGUUCUACAAGCGGUCACAAUCAGGAUUUUACAUGUGUUCGUUUGCGUGCUGCGUCCGGAGGCCGGCCUCGGAACGUGACUCCGCCGGCUCGGUGUACCCCCCGCCGCGCUACAGCCGAUGCGGCUCUUUCCAUCAGCCACCGCCACCCUAUUCUGAAGUCACUUCUAAACCGGACCUGUAUCCUCUAGUCAUUACUUACGGAGACAGUGAUGCUAAAUCAGGAGGGAACUAUCUCAUGGUGCACUAUUUCAGGAAUUACGUGAUCCGUGCUCCAGGCUCUUUAUCGGCGGCGAGUACUGCAGAAUCUCUCAAUUCCAGUUUCUUAUGCAACGCAACAAAUGAGGCGAAUUCAGUCAUCCCGCCUCCGUACUCGUGCGCGAGCAAUUACGAGGAGUGCGGCGCCGUCGGCUGCGGGCGCUCGCUGCUACGUUCGCUGUCCUCCCUGACGGAGCCGAGGGAGCCGCGCACCGUGCUAGCCCGACCUCGCCCCGUACCUGAAUCCACCACCUCACGACCUCAUGAACCAACCAUCGGCUUCCGAGAGAACCUCAUCACAUCACCUGUGCAAUCCUUAGGUCAUUCCUAUGACUUCGAAAUGGAACUGUUAGAUUGUGAACUAUAUUGUGACGGUAGCUGUAAACCAAGACUAGGUGCGUCUCCUCCAGCUCUCAGAUCACCUUCGGAUCAUAGUGAAUCAGCUGCUGACCGCGAACCUUUAGAGUUGAGGCACCUAUUCCGGUGUCCGUCACCCGAAUGCGAGUCACCACCGCAGCCCACCAGUCCUACUCAAGUCUCCAGAGAAUCAACGCUUCAAAGACCACCUGAAGAGAGAAGAUCUCGACGCCUGGAAGCCGCCAAGAAAGCGCUUAAAACAAGAAAAUCGAGCUUAUACAUGCCAUUGACAGCAGCGUACCCGGUUAGGACUUCAAGAAUAUCGCCUGGUGCGAGGCUGUCGUCACGAUCAGCGCCCGCAACGCCCUGCAGUUCCAUCGUGCCCAAUCUACUGACGUUUACUCAAAGAGUGUCUGCCUCAAGGCACAGCUCGAAGUCAUCGAGACUCGAAGAAGAGAAGGACCCAUUACUGAAAGAAUUAGAAACGCAAGGCGAUCACAAGUUUUAACGAACAAAACAAAAGUUAUUAUGACAACAAUUACAGAGUUCUCAGUCUGAAUAUUAAAAGAUAGAUGAUUUUGAUACAAAUUUCAGUGAUACAAUUCUCUGUGGCCUAAUUAGCUAAAUCUUGCCUUUAAAAUGUCCCGAGCGGCAGAAAUAUCUCAAUUCUGAAUGUUGUGAUUGUUCGUGUGCUCAUUUUGUAGAGCUGAAGAUAUUAGUUAGUCAAAUUAAUGUAAUUCAAUUAUACUUAUGGCGUGUAAGAAAAGAGCUUGUUGGACCAUUGUUCACUUGCCUUCUUAUAAUAAAAU